AUGACUGCCCUCGAAGCAACAAAGACGCCGUCAUCGGUAGCAGGAGAGCUGCGCACUCCGAUCAACAUGACCGAACAGACGGCCCUCGAGCGCGAGUUCCAACAGCAACGGGCAUCCGACCGUGCCUACUAUUUCCAGCACGUCCGCGACUUCAUCACUCGCGACCAACUCAAAUGGGCAGCAAAGAGCACAUCCGACCGCAAGAAAGCCAUCAGCGCCAAGCGCACCAAUCUGAUCAAGAAGCGUAACGGAGAUGUCGGAAUGCGGACCACAGGGUUCAGGUUUCCGGACCUGCACGACGAUGUUACCGAGCGGGCGUGGCUGCUGGGACAUUUUGCGGACUACAUCGACUGGACGGGACCAGGGGCGAAGAGAGGCAAGGGAGCUCGACAGACGGGAGGGCCGACGUCGUAUGAAGACCCGUCUACCGAGGGGGAGGAGAGCGAGGAGGAGUACGAGGAAGAUGGGGAUGAUGAGGAGGUGAUGCCGGUGAAGCAGGAAGUUGAGGAGAAGCAGGAAACCGUACCGAUGCCGAAGACACCGGCGAAGACUGUCGAGAAGGAAGUCCCCGUCACCACCUUUUCCGUCGCCCUCAUGUUGCAGGAGAAUCCGCACCUUGCCACGAAGCCCUACUGGGGUUUCAACGACAUGAUGGAGAUUGUAUUGAUCGUGCCGCAAGGUGAUGCCACCGAGAAGGCUGAUGGCGAGGGUUACGGGACGAAAAGGAAGGCUGAGGAGUUCGUUGGUGAGGAUGCGGCAAAGAGGGCGAGGGUCUGA